AUGCGUCUUUUUAUACCGUUGGCACUAGUUUGUCUAUCUUCGACCCAACCAGUCUGGGCACAACUUAACGACAGGGCUACAUCUGACGUCCCACCCUAUGUCCUGGAAUACGCACCCCUGGUCUGGCUUCAUAGCCAGGAAACGUACAUGCCGAGCGAUAUCCAGCAGCAACUCGAUAAUACCAGACCCAAUGUCAACUGGACAGCGAUCGAGGGAGUACAGUCACCCUUAAACCUCAACAACCUCGAUAUACUCAAUCAAAUGGGCAAUACAAGUGUCUUCCUAACCUCCCCAGAGGGCAUCGAAGCCAAUCCAGAGCCAGCCUGGUUCCGGGGUAUCAGACCGGACUUACAGGGACGAACAGGUGAUGGGACAGGGUGCGCUAUUAUUAUCGCAGAUCGCGGAAACGCAACAGUUGAUGUGUUCUACUUUUACUUCUAUGCAUUCAAUAAAGGGAACAAAGUACUAGGUCUAGAAUUCGGCGACCAUAUCGGAGACUGGGAACAUAACAUGAUCCGCUUCGUCAACGACGAACCCAAAGCAAUAUGGUUUAGCCAGCAUGCCAGCGGACAGGCAUUUACCUACAACGCCCUUGAAAAGAGGGGGAAGCGGCCGUAUGUGUACUCCGGGAGAGGAACGCAUGCAAACUACGCAAUUGCAGGGAAACACGACCACACCAUCCCGGGCUUCAACCUCCCUGCAGGGUUGCUGAUGGACUAUACAGACCGCGGCGAGCUAUGGGACCCCGUACUCAAUGCCUACAUUUAUACCUACGAUAAAACAACCGCCUCGUUCAAGGCUGUGAACUCCGAGGAUCCGGUGGCGUGGUUAGAUUUUAAUGGGAGAUGGGGUGAUGACAAGCCGCCUAAUGAGCCUGAGAUCUUUGGUGAGGCUAAGAACGUUGCUGGUCCUAAUGGUCCUAAGUUCAAGGGAUUGGAUAGAUCUGGUGUGUGUCCUUCAAAGACGUGCUUUGUGCUUCCGUUUAGGACUUUCAUUGUGGAUGAGAGUUCAUGA